AUGGUGUUGCGUGACUGCACGCACCUCACACCAGCGUGGUUCACGCUCGUUUGCGCAGGAAGUACACGCGGGGCCUGGCGUGAGGGCCUGUCCUCUAUCGCGCAUCACGGCGUUUACGGUGACGGAUACGUGGUGUACAAGAGCCAGCAUGGGCAGAACUUCGUACGGUUCCCAGAGGGCUGGCUGAGCACUGGCCUGACCGCGCAGUUCACGUCGAAUCCGGGGCGGAAAGUGGUCAACGAACCAGAUGUUGUCACAGCCAUCGGUCGCCUCCUCCGGACCAGGGGGAACGGCGAGAGUCUUGCGCACUGGUCGGGCAUCUAUCCAACGUUUGAGGGCAACUUGCACCGCUUGAUCGACUUUAUGUGGCGUAACGUCUCCGCCCUCGAGGGACCGCACGACGGCGCAAUCAUGAAUCACCGCUUCGCCGGCCCAGGAACGCUCGUGCUCGGGUUCCUCCCUACGACGCGCAUAUGA